AUGUUUGAAAAGAAAGAAAGGAUUGUUAACGUCGACCAAAAGUUAUCUUUCCAAGCUGCUGUGAUAAUUCAGUGUUGGUAUAGAAAGUGCAAAGCGAGAUUGGAAGUUCGUCGCAAAUGUGCGUGGCAAGUAAAUCAAUCAUUAGAGUAUGUGAUGGAUGAAAGUGAAUCUGAUGGGCAUCCAACACUACCUGAAGAGAAUUUUCUAUCCUUUCUUACGUGGAUAAAAUCAGAUAAGAAAAUUUCCAUCGACUUCUUUAUUAUGUUACUAAACAAAACUACAGAAUUUUUCAGUCAACAACCUAAUCUAACAGAAAUUCAACUUGAAAAUGAACAUCAUUUGAUAAUUUGUGGUGAUCUCCAUGGCAAUUUGUUUGCAGCUUUAAGAAUUUUUGAGGAAAGUGGUUUACCGAAUUCUCGGAAUCGUUUUGUGUUCAAUGGGGAUUUUGUCGAUCGAGGAGCUAAAUCAAUUGAGGUAUUGGUGUUGUUAUUAAUGGCUGUAUCAACUUACCCAAACUAUGUAUUCCUUAAUCGAGGAAAUCAUGAAGAUAUCACGGUAAAUGAAAGGUAUGGAUUUAUAAAAGAACUAUCAAACAAAUAUUCUAAAGAUAAAGAUAAUUUAAUUCAUUUAUGUGAUAAACUAUUCUGUUCCCUACCAAUUGGAGCUAUUGUCAAUAAAAGAAUAUUUAUCUGCCAUGGUGGUAUAUCAAAACAUACAGAUCUUGUGAAAUUAAAACGUUUAAAUCGAUUCAAACUUUCUUCACUUCUACAACCAUGUUUGGAUGCAGAUAACUGUGUAAAUUUUGAUGAUUGGCAACAGGUUUUAGACUUGUUAUGGAGUGAUCCUCAAAAUAAAGAUGGCUGUCGAUCCAAUGGUUUCCGUGGUGCAGGUUGUUAUUUUGGUCCAGAUAUUACUGACAGUUUCUUAAAUGCAACAAAUUUCUCCAUGAUUAUUCGAUCACAUGAAUGCUGUAUGGAAGGAUGGAGUAUUUCUCACUCAGGAAAAGUUUUAACUAUAUUUUCAUCAUAUGAUUAUUUCACACUACGUAGUAAUGAAGGUACUUAUGCCCGUGUUACUGGAGGUAUAUCUAAUCCAACAAAUGUAACCGAUCUGAAUGCGAUUGUUUCUCUGUAUCCGAUAAAAUCUGUAUCAAACGAUACUUUGUCAAUGUCGCUUGACAUUUAUGUAACUGUAUUUGUUCUUACAAAAAUGCAGGAUCAACUAUCAAACAAAAACAGAACAUUGAAUGAUCCUACUAAUAUGGCAUUUGUAUGUUUAUGGCAACGCAUAAUUCGUCGCAAAGAAAAACUCUUGGAAUAUUUCAGUCAGCUGGAUAGUCAUAACUCAGGUCUCAUUUCACUAAAUGACUGGUGUGAUAUAAUGACUUCCGUAACAAAACUAAAGCUUUCUUGGCGUUGUCUACGUUCAUUUCUAGCCAAAUUAUCUGUUGAUCAUCCAGAUCAAGUUAUUUACAAUUCUAUGUUUACAGGAAACUGUGUAGUACAUCCAGAUCUUCCAAAUGAAAAUUUAUUGGCCAAUGAAAUUUUUGAAUUACAAUCUUAUCUUUUGAAUGUUGUUCAAGCUUGUCAUUUUAAAUUAAACAAUGUCAAUUUGUACAGCUUAAUAGCUAGAUUAGAAUCAAUUGAUUACAAUGUCCAAAUUGUUAGACUAAGAACUGUUUUAUCAAAACUGAUAAAUUUGCUAAACAGAAAUGAUAUAACAGCUUUUAAUUUGGAGGAAUUCUUGGCUUCUUUUCAGUUUGUGGAGAUUCAAAAACGUGUUAAAAUUUAA